AUGACUUCAUAUCAAGUUAUGCAAAAGUCACAGGAAAUCUGCCGCAUGUCCUGGUUUCUCAUCGAAAUGGACGAAGGUCAAUCUAAGGGAGGCAAAGAAAAUGGCAAGAUUGUCUAUGGUGUCAUACACUCCAUCGAUUUGGUGGACAAUGAUUCAUCGAACAUGUAUAUCAAUCGCAGAGUACGCUUCAACUGGAAUCAUGCCAUUAUCGAAGGUCGCAUCAAGUUAGCAUCCGAUGAUCGCUUCUUUAUUGAACAACAAUUCAAGAUUCUAACCCAGAAUAGCGAAGAAGUGGUGCUAAAAGAAAAAUUCUCCAAACGUUAUCUGGUGCAAUAUAAUAAAGGGGCAAAUACCAUUGUUCAUGCAAUUGUUCACCAAAAGGAAAUUGUUUGGCCCAAAGAGGAUUUUCAUAAUCCCAGCAUACGUGAAGUGUUGAUACGCGAUGGCAAGAUUCAGCGAAUGGCUACAGUUCUGUAUGUUAGCGAUUCGGAUGAUUUGAUACAAAAAGAGUUGGAUAUCUUGAAGACGACAUGUUUCGAAAGGGCAUUUGAAGAGCCCUAUGACAAUAUAGACGUUGAAGAUACACCCUGGCUCUUUGUCCAGUACAGUAAUGGACCCAGCAAUGUCAGCUAUUCAGUGAUAAAUCUCAGCACUACAGUUUGGCAGUCCGAUAAUCUCUAUCGCAAUGUGGUUGCCUACAUUAUGGAUGGCGAUUCAGUGUUUCAAUCCAUCAUAAUACGUAAGUCAAAGGACCGCAACAUAUUGGAUACCGAAUUGCGUACCCUGAAAGAAUCAUGUUUAGCUGCCGAUUUUCCCAUAAGUGGAACGAGUUGUGUUAAGGUAUCUCUACCUCCAUUGGAUCAUCAGGCUUUGUGUGCUAAAUCGGUAUCAAUAUUAGGCGUCAAACGUGAUGAUUUUCAAAUAAUAAGGCAUUAA